UGGGAGCUAAGUGAUUUUUUUUCCCAAAGGUAAAUAAAUGGCUGGCGUGGAAGCGUAACGCGCCCCCAACUCUUCGGAUUUAUGCCUGGUUCAUUCUUGCACACUGGGACUCGUGAUCGUCAUGCUGUGAUGUGUGCCGAGGAAGCAGUCGAUCACCUCCACCACCUGGAUCUCCCCGCAUUUUGGACAUGACUGAGACUCUUCAAUGGGCCAGAUACCACUGGCGGCAGCUGGUCAGUGGUACAACUAGGGACGAUGAUGAGAGACCAUACAACUACUCCUCACUGCUUGCUUGUGGGUGCAAGUCCUCUCAGACCCCCAAACUGGCAGGAAAGCACCGGGUGGUUGUUCCCCACCUCUGGCCCUUCAAAGACGAGUAUGAAAAGUUCUCAGGAGCCUAUGUGAAUAACAGAAUACGAACAACAAAGUACACUCUUCUGAAUUUUGUGCCAAGAAAUUUGUUUGAACAAUUUCACAGAGCUGCCAAUUUAUAUUUCCUGUUCCUAGUUGUCCUGAAUUGGGUACCUUUGGUAGAAGCCUUCCAAAAAGAAAUUACCAUGCUGCCUCUGGUGGUGGUCCUUACAAUUAUCGCAAUUAAAGAUGGUUUGGAAGAUUACCGAAAAUACAAAAUUGACAAACAGAUCAACAAUUUAGUAACUAAAGUUUACAGUAGAGAACAUUCCAACAAAGAACGUGUGGGUCUCAGUAAAGAAAAUUUAUUGCUUAGAGGAUGCACCAUUAGAAACACAGAGGCUGUUGUGGGCAUUGUGGUUUAUGCAGGCCAUGAAACCAAAGCAAUGCUGAACAACAGUGGACCACGGUAUAAACGCAGUAAAUUAGAAAGAAGAGCAAACACAGAUGUCCUCUGGUGUGUACUGCUUCUGAUUAUAAUGUGUUUAACUGGUGCAUUAGGUCAUGGAAUCUGGUUGAGCAGAUACGAAAACAUACACUUUUUUAAUAUCCCCGAGCCUGAUGGACGUACUAUAUCACCAGUGUUAGCAGGAUUUUAUAUGUUUUGGACCAUGAUCAUUUUGUUACAGGUCCUGAUUCCCAUUUCUCUCUAUGUUUCCAUUGAAAUUGUGAAGCUUGGGCAAAUAUAUUUCAUUCAAAGUGAUGUGGAUUUCUACAGUGAGAAAAUGGAUUCUACUGUUCAGUGCCGAGCCCUGAAUAUCACCGAGGAUCUUGGACAGAUUCAGUACCUAUUUUCCGAUAAGACAGGAACUCUCACUGAGAAUAAGAUGGUUUUUCGAAGAUGUAGUGUGGCAGGAUUUGAUUAUUGCCAUGAAGAAAAUG